AUGAUCACUAGACAACUUUUAAGACAGUCAAUUAAACGAAAUUACUCUGUCAAGACUGAAAGAGCUAUUGUAUUGAAUCAACAACAGUUACAGUCGUUUGAUCUGGAUUUAGAAGGUGAUUUCCCUGUUCAAGAAAUCUCGGUUGAUUCAGAGCCUGUUGUAAGAGGAUCAGAAGAAGCCAGCUUUGGACGUAAACGUAUUGGCUGUGUAGAACUUCCUCGAUCGUUGAUUCAAGGAGUAGAUCAAAUUAUUGAACACUACCCUGACAAACGACUCAUUCGUACCGAUUCACUUCGAUUGUUUGAUGCCUUGCGAUCAACUUCCGGAAGACAACCUCAGAAUGAAAAAGAAGCAGUUGAACCACAUAAACUGACGUAUGGGCCAAGAGAGUCAGUUGCUUAUACAGCUAGUGUCAUGUCUGGGAAUUAUGCAGCCAUUUACAAUGUCUUGAAGGAAGUGAAAAGUAGAGUGUCCAGCUUUAGUCCUAAAUCAAUGCUUGACUUUGGAACAGGACCUGGUACAGCUAUUUGGGCUGCAAAGCAAUUAUUUGAUGUAGAAGCGUGUACAGCGGUUGAUUUAUCAGAAGACAUGUUGAAUGUUGCAGAACAAUUAGAAAAAUCUGUAAAAACGGAUAAAUGCCAGCCUAUAGAAUUUAAACGAUACCUUUCUUAUAAUCCAACGGCGCCUAAGACGGACCUUGUGAUAAGUGCUUUCACCUUGGGAGAUAUCACAUCAGAGGCAUUACAAAAAUCAAUCGUGGAACAACUUUGGUCUCAAACAGGCGAUAUUCUUGUUCUGAUGGAUCGAGGCACACCCAUAGGAUUCCAAAAUAUUGCUAAAGCAAGACAAUGGAUUUUAGAUGAACAAGACGCUCACGUUAUUGCCCCUUGUUCGCAUGAUAAACCUUGUCCCAUGCUCUUCUCGCCAGAAUCCAAACCAAACCAGAUGUGGUGUCACUAUUCUCAACGAGUUCAACGCCCAUCAUUCCUGAUGAAGACAAAACAUGCAAAGAAUAAUAUAGAGGAUAUAAAGUACAGUUAUGUUAUCCUUCGCAAAGGCAAACGACCUUCUCUACAAAGCGAUAUGGAGACACAGGCUUAUGAUUGGCCAAGAUUAGUACAGCCUCCAUUGAAAAAGAAUAAGCAUGUCGUAUUGGAUGCUUGUUCAAAAGAAGGUGAAAUUCAACGCAUGGUGAUUCCCAAGUCUCAAGGUAAAGUGCCUUAUCGAGAUGCAAGAAAGGCAGCUUGGGGAGAUCUAUUUCCACAUGGAUCCAAGAAUAAGGUGGUUACUCGUCUAUCAAAAGGCGUAGUUGGGCAAGAUUAG